CGCGGCGGCCCCCCCAUGGAGCCCAAGGCCCCGGCCGCCCCGCACGGCGACGGGCCGCCGGCGGAGGCCCCCCGCCGCCGCGGCGGCGGCGGCAAGCGCAAGGCGGCGGGGUCGUCGUUCACGCCGUCCAAGCGGCACGCCAAGGAGCGCAACGCCUCCUACAACGUGCCCCAGCACCUGCUCCACAGCGGGCCGCUCACCCGCGCCGCGCGCCACUCGCCGCACAAGCUCUCGGGCGCGCCGCCGGAUGCGGCCCCCGCGGCGACCGGGGCCGGCGGAUCGGGGAAGGUCGAGGGCGACGCGAUUCGGCUCGACGGGGAGCAGACCCCCGCCGAGGAAGCGCCGCUGGUGGACGAGGCGUUCGAGGCCGUUCGAUCCCGCGACGCCGGCGUCCAUGUGGUCCCCACCUUUGCCGGAUGGUUUUCGUGGAAGGACAUCCACCCAGUCGAGAAGCAAACAUUGUCUUCGUUCUUUAAUGGCAAAUCUGAGAAGCGGACACCGGAGAUUUACUCGGGGAUUAGAAAUUCCAUUGUGAUGAAAUUUCAUGCAAAUCCUCAGCUGCAGCUGGAGUCCAAAGAUUUAGCUGAGAUAUCAAUUGGGGAGGCCGAUGCUCGACAGGAAGUGUUUGAUUUCUUGGAUCACUGGGGCCUGAUCAAUUUCCACCCUUUUCCACCCGCUGGCAUAGAGGAGACUAAGCCAGAGGAGAGCCAAAGUGAUUCUCCCAAUGAGGACAAAGCGUCUGUUAUUGAGAAGCUGUUUAAAUUUGAACCUAUUCAGUCAUAUAUGAUCCCUUUACCAAAGAAAGGGGAGGUGGAAAUUCCAGCCCCUCUGCCUUCAUUUCUUCCUGAUCCUGUACUAGUGGAAGAUGUGGUUGCAGCAGCUGAGCCUUCUGUUGAGUACCACUGCAACUCCUGUUCAGUUGAUUGCUCAGGCAAGCGCUACCAUUGCCGGACCCAGGCAGAUUUUGACCUGUGUUCUAACUGCUACAACGAAGAAAAAUUCGAUCCAGGCAUGUCCAAAACUGAUUUCAUCCUUAUGGAUUCGGCAGAAGUUUCUGGUGCUCGUGGUACUAGUUGGACUGAUGAGGAGACAUUGCUUCUUUUAGAAGCUUUGGAAAUUUUUGGUGGAAAAUGGGCUGAGAUUGCCGAGCAUGUUGCUACGAAAACAAAAACACAGUGCAUGUUACACUUUCUUCAAAUGCAAAUUGAGGACAGCUUUCAUGGUGAUGAAGAUGUUCACCAAAAUAUCCAUGAAAGCAAGCAAGCCUUGGUGGAAAAAGGCACCCCUGAAGUACCUGAUAAAAUGGAAGUUGAAGAGAAAAUUGAAGGAAAAGAUACAGAGGAUGAGAAGCCUUCAGAGAAAACGGAAGGCAAUAAUGCAGAAGCAAAAACAGAAGAAGGAACUCCUGUGGAAGAUAAAGAUACCAAUAAUUCAGCUGGUGUAGAUUCAGUUGCAGUUCCAAACGCUGAUGAUCCAAAACCAUCUUCUGACGCUGAUCUAGCAAAGGAAGAUCCUGUUAAUCCUGAUACUUCUGACAAAAAUGCGUCAAAUGUUGCUACCGAUGCUUCUGGUGAAAAUGCAUCAAACGUUGCUACCGAUACUUCUGGUGAAAAUGCAUCAAACGUUGCUACCGAUGCUUCUGGUGAAAAUGCAUCAAACGAUGCUAUUGAUAUCCUGAAAUCUGCAUUCGAGGCCGUCGGUCACUUCCCAGGAGAUGAAGGUUCAUUUGCUGAUGCAGGGAAUCCUGUUAUGGCACUGGCAGCAUUUUUGGCUGGUCUUGUCGAAGAUGACAAUGCUACCACUUCUUGCCGUAGUUCACUAAAAGCCAUAUCGGAGGAUCCUCCUGCACUCCAGUUGGCAAGUAGACACUGUUAUAUUCUUGAAGAUCCACCGAGUGAUCUGAAAGACUUUUUUGUCACUGUAAGUAAUGAAAUUAAAGAUGGUGAUCAAGCAAAAGAUGAAGAUAUGAUUAUAGAUUCAACUGGUACUGAGAAAAAGGAUAUUAAUGAAAAGGAAGAAAAUACUCUGCCAGUGGAAAAGCAAAACAGUCCAUCCAGUUCACCAAAAGAUCAUAAAGAAUCAGAUAAUAAGAAUGUGUCUUGCGAUGAUGAAGUUCCCUCUGUGGAGCCUAAAUCCAGUAAUGUUAAGGAGUCAGGUGAUCCAAUUCCUCUGGUGGGUAAGAGUGCAUCCAAUGACACAGAAGGUUCAUUAAGUACGAAAGAUUCAGUUGCUCCACAAGAUAAUGCAAAUGGAUGUGGUUUGUUAGCUUCUCAAGAGGCAGUUGCAGGAAGUACUACAGUUGCAUCUAAUCCUGAAGAGGACAAACCAAGUUCUGAAGUGGAGCCAGAUGAUGAUUCGUCUGCAAAUGGCAAGAUCGAGCUUAAUAAGACCGAAGAUGCAGUUGGUGCCCCAACUAUUGUACAAGAAGACGAGAAAAGCCAAACAUUGGGGAAUAGCAAAAUGGAAGAACUUAAUGGUGCCGAAAUCGUCCCUGCCGAUGCUGAGAAGGGCUCAGGAGUGACCGCCAAACCUGAUGAUUCCCUAACUCGGCUAAAACGAGCAGCAGCGACUGCUAUUUCAGCUGCUGCUGUGAAGGCUAAGCUCCUUGCUGAGCAGGAGGAAGAUCAAAUUCGAAGGCUAGCUGCACUGGUGGUUGAAAAGCUGCUGCAGAAGACGGAGGCGAAGAUGUCAUUAUUUGCCGAUGUGGAGCAAGUGGCCCUCCGAACAAGAGAAUACACCGAAAAAACCAGAAAGAAGCUUCUGAUGGAGAGGAACGCUAUAAUCGCUGCCCGCAUGGGUGCUUUGCCAUCUAGGCCGAACCAGCAUGGUGUUGCUGGGAACAGAUUGCCACCUGGAUAUGGCGCCCCUGCAGUAAGACCACCAAACGCGAUGCCCCGGCCCAGCAGCUGAGUCCAUGAGCUUGACCUUGUAUACCGCUGAUUCUUUUAGAAGCACGCCUUAAACCAAUCAGGCAUAAGUUAUAUGUUGUUGUUGUUGUUGUUGUUGUAGCAUUCUUGUAGGAGCAUACAGUAUGGUGAUCUGUAUAACGGUUGCUAUGAAAGAAGUCGCCAUUUUCUCUUUAAA